AAUGAGCUGUUACUGUAGAAAUGAUGAUGUAUCCGAACAUGAACAUUAAAUCAUGCACAAAUUUAUACACUUUAAAAUAUUGAAAUUAAAAUAAUUCUUUUUGUUCUCUUUUGUUCAGUAAAAAAAAUCUAAUAUGUUUCUAUACUAUUUGACAGAAGGCUCUUUUUUCAGCAGCUUCAUUCAUCUAAAGCAGAAUGAAAGGAAACGGGUCGUCCCUGUAUGCGUACCUGCAUGUCUCCCUCCCCUUGUCCCUCCCCUUGUCCCUCCCCUUGACACAAACACACCUGCAGAUAUGAUCACAAUGUUUUAAGUCACUAGUAUAGUAACUGUUGUGAGAGAAGCAGAGACGAAUAAGUGGUUCAACACACAACCAAACAUCCAGGAAAUGGCAUCGACCUUCAGCCUUCUGCCGGAGAAGUAUUUCCGGUGCACGCUGUGUGAGGAUAUCUUCAGCAGUCCGGUCACAACACCUUGUGGUCACAGCUUCUGUAAAGUGUGUUUGCGCAAAUACUGGAGCCGCACCGGCUCGGGCAAAUGUCCUUUCUGCAGCAAGGUCUUCACCUCCAAACCUCACCUCAGCAUCAAUCGUAUACUAGCAGAUGUUACAGAGCAAUACAGAAAAUCACGGAAAGAUGGAAAAGCGAAAUCUGUCAGUGUGGGUGGACUUUUAAACGAAACUUAUGAGCAGAUAGAGAAAACAGACACUGAGGUGGAGCACAUGAUCGAAGAGAGGAUUCAGAAAAUGGAGAAACUCAAACAGUCUCUUAAACUCCUGAAGAGCUCGUGUCUGCGGGAGGUGCAGGAGAGUCAUAGGGUCUUCUCUGCCCUCCUCAGCUCGGUGGAGGCAGCUCACAAAGCGGUGGUGGCCGAGGUGGAAGAGAAACAACAAGAGGCUGAGAAACGAGUGGAGCGACUCAUGAAGGAGCUGGAGAAAGAGAUCGCAGAACUGGAGAGUGGACAGACAACACCGGACGAUCUUCUGGAUACUAAAGACUUUCUUAAAAGAAGUUUCCUUCAUUUACCCAGAGAGAUGAGGGACUGGACAAAGGUGACUCUGGAGACAGAUCCAUGUGUGGGAUUCACCAGGAAAGCCAUGAGCGAUUUCGUCAACAACGUCAGGGCCGAGGCUAACAAACUCUCUAAAGCAGAGCUGAACAAGCUGCAGAUAUACACAGUGGACCUCACACUGAACCCUCGCACAGCUCACGCCAACCUCUCGAUCUCAGACGACAGGAAGCAGGUCAGACACACCACCAAGGAGCAGGAGGUUCCUGAAAAUCCCAAAAGGUUUGACCGUGUGACCAACGUGAUGUCCAAGGAAGCCUUCAUCUCAGGUCGACACUACUGGGAAGUAGAAGUAGGAAACAAGACGGACUGGGACCUCGGCGUGGCAAGAAACUCUGUUAACAGGAAGGGGAAAUUUACCGUCAGUCCAUCAAACGGCUUCUGGACGCUCAGCCUGAGGAGUGGAAAUCAGUACACGGCUAACACGCUGCCUCCGACCAGUCUGUCCCUCACCUCCAAACCCAGAAAGGUGGCCAUUUAUCUGGAUUACGAUAUGGGACGUGUUUCCUUCUUCUGUCCUGAUUCAGGGAUUCAUAUCUACACGUUUACAGACAAGUUUAAUGAAAGACUUCAUCCGAUUUUUAACCCCAGACGACUGCACGGAGGCAAAAACGCUGCGCCGCUCAUCCUCACCAGCAACUGCUGCACCAUUUAAUCUUGGUUUUUUUUCAUGUUCGUAUUACAGUUAAAUCUCUAAUGAGCUUGAAAAGAAAAGACACAACUAAUUUAUUUUAUUAUAAUUACAUAAUAAAUAUCUAAAAUUGUUUUAUUACACCUUUACUGUAUAGAAAUAAGUAUAAAUGCUAUGAAAUAAAAUGAUUAAAUGGAUACAUGAUAUGUUUAAACAGAACGACACGCUCGCACAGAUCUUGGGACUCAGGAGACUAGACAACUGAAUGACAAAACAGAAACCAGGAGACAUGAUGACACAAAAACACACAAACACAAACACAAGGACUCCAAGCUGUCCGUGACAAAAAGCUGUACUGUAUAUCAAACCUCAGGUUCAGAUGAAUGUACUCUUUCUAAUACACUAUUGUUGUCAUAGCGACAGCAAAGGAAGAGACUAUGUACUAUGUUUCUCGUCUAUCUUCAAGACAGACAGAUUUACACUUAGCACUGGUGAGGGAACUAUUACAUGCAGCUGCUAUAAAUAUAAUAUAUCAAUAAUAAGUGUAGCGAUUGGUGAUGUGAGAGGAAUUAAAGACUGUAACAGAACGUCCAGGUGUUCGACUCCUUAAACGG